AUGGUUAAUAACAGAGAGUCGUUGAACCUUCGGUUCAGGACGAAAAGGACUGAUAGUCAAGAGAUCGCAGUGGGAAUAAUUCCACACGUCAAUUGGCCGUUUUGUAACUAUAUGGUAUCUCGAGGGAGACGAAGAUGUGAUCAUGUUGGUGGUCGUGAUGGUGGAGGUGAUGGUGGUAGUGGUGAUGUUGGUGUUGGUGUUGUUGUUGGCGGCGGUGGUGUUGGUGGUGGUGGUGGUGGUGGUGGUGAUGUUUAG